CUCUCUCUCUCUCUCUCUCUCUCUCUCUGAAACAAUGCAUUCUCUUUCAUGGAAGGCCAUAGCAAUAGCUACGGCUCUCCUUCAUCUCUGUAUUUCUAUGGACGUUGAAUCCUAUCUUCCUGACAAAAUCAGCAACUUGCCAGGGCAGCCUCAGGUCAGCUUCCAGCAGUUUUCAGGCUACAUUACAGUGGAUGAGAGGAAACAGAGAGCUCUGUUUUACUACUUUGCUGAGGCAGAGAUGGAGCCUUUUAUAAAGCCUCUUGUUCUUUGGUUGAAUGGAGGGCCUGGUUGUUCUUCUGUUGGAGUUGGAGCAUUCUCUGAAAAUGGGCCUUUUAGACCAAGUGGAGAGAUUUUGGUGAGAAAUGAGCAUAGCUGGAAUAAAGAAGCAAACAUGUUGUAUUUGGAGACACCAGCAGGAGUUGGGUUCUCCUAUUCCACUGAUACCUCUUACUAUGUUGGUGUUGAUGACAAGAAAACAGCCAGGGACAAUUUAGUGUUCUUGCAGCGCUGGUUCGUCAAGUUCCCACAGUACAAGAGCCGUGAUCUGAUUAUAACAGGAGAAAGCUAUGCAGGUCACUAUGUUCCACAACUGGCCCAGCUCAUGAUCGAAUUCAACAAGAAGGAAAAGUUGUUCAAUCUCAAAGGAAUUGCUCUGGGAAAUCCGGUUCUCGAAUUCGCCACUGAUUUCAAUUCAAGGGCUGAGUUCUUCUGGUCCCAUGGGCUGAUAUCGGAUUCAACAUAUAAAAUCUUCACUUCCAGCUGUAACUAUUCUCGGUAUGUGAGCGAGUACUAUAGAAGCUCUGUUUCCCCUGUUUGUUCAAGAGUGAUGAGCCAAGUGAACAAAGAAACUAGCAGAUUUGUUGACAGCUACGAUGUAACACUCGACGUCUGCAUAUCAUCAGUGCUCUCGCAAUCCAUGGUUCUCAGUCAGCAAGUCACGGAGCGAAUAGAUGUCUGUGUGGAAGAUGAAACAAAGAAUUAUCUCAAUCGAAAAGAUGUCCAAAAUGCUCUCCAUGCACGUCUUAUGGGAGUUGCCAAAUGGGAAGCUUGUAGCAGUAACUUGGAUUAUGACGUGCUGAACGUGGAGAUACCGACCAUUUCCAUUGUGGGCUCCAUCGUUGAGUCCGGUAUCCCCGCCUUGAUAUACAGUGGAGAUCAAGAUUCCGUGAUCCCACUGACUGGGAGCCGAAAACUGGUCCAUGGAUUGGCGAACGAGCUAGGACUGAAUACCACCGUACCUUAUCGAGUUUGGUUCGAGGGGCAGCAGGUUGGUGGAUGGACUCAAGUGUAUGGAAACAUCCUUUCCUUUGCCACUGUUAGAGGAGCUUCUCAUGAAACUCCGUUCUCUCAGCCAGAGAGAUCGCUCGUGCUGUUCAAGGCAUUUCUUGAAGGCAGACCAUUGCCAGAAACAUUCUGAUGCCACUUCAGAGCUUGUAGAAAUUCAAUGAAAAUGUAAGUAAUGUUUGCAAUGAUAUUAGGAAAGAGUUGGAAAUCAUUUGAAAUUUGCAUUUGUUCACUAGUUUGCCAAUGUGGUGAAAACUCUCUGAGUUGGAGAAUUUUGUAAAAGAUGGAAAAGAAUGUAUUUCUUUUUCCAUUUUUAAUUCCAUCCCAGACUUCUAGGCUGUGUUUGGGUGCACAAAUCAAUCAAAUUGUGAAAAUUCUUUUUUUUUUU